AUGUCCCGGCCACCAACACGCCCUCUAGGAAAUGGCGGCCCAGAGGUCACCCGAAUCGGGUUCGGUCUCAUGGGCCUGAGUAGCUAUUAUGGGAAUACCCUACCGUUCGAAGAUGGCCUCAGCGUUCUCGAUCGGGCCUAUGAGCUUGGGGAGAGGUUCUGGGAUACAGGCAACAUGAAGCUGACUGGGCCCCGCGCAGCUGAUGUAUAUAGCGGCAAUGAGGAGCUAGUGUGCGAAUGGUUUGCGAGAAAUCCCGAGAAGCGUCAGGAGAUCUUCUUGGCCACGAAGUUUUCUCUUCGCACACUUCCUGACGGCACAACUUCACGAAACUCUUCACCCGAGUAUGCCUUGCGGGCAUGCGAUGCGUCACUCUCCAGGCUAGGCACUUCGUAUAUCGACCUUUACUACUGCCAUCGACUGGACGGAAAGACUCCGGUCGAAGAGACAGUCGGUGCCAUGAUCCAACUCAAAAGCGCCGGCAAGAUAAAGUAUAUUGGUCUCAGUGAAUGCAGUGCGGCAUCUUUACGCAGAGCACAUGCUAUCCAUCCCAUUUCGGCUGUGCAGAUGGAGUACUCGCCGUUUUCAUUGGAAGUCGAGAGCCCAGAAUACAACAUAUUGGAAACCUGUAGGGACCUCGGGGUCGCUCUGGUCGCCUACUCACCCCUCGGACGUGGUAUGAUGAGCGGUGCCUUGCGCUCCGUGGAGGACUUCGAGGACGGCGACUUCCGCAAGACACUUCCUCGCUUUUCAGCCGAGAACUUUCCCAAAAACCUUCAACUUGUCGAUCGAAUCUGUGAGUUGGCGACACGCAGAAAUGUCCAUCCAUCGCAGUUGACGCUGGCAUGGCUGCUUGCUCAAGGCAGCGACAUUUUCCCAAUUCCGGGCACAACAAAGAUUGAUAGGCUGAAAGAAAACGUGGAUAGCAUGUUUGUGGGGCUCUCCGAGGACACUGUCGCGCAGUUUAGAAAGGCAGUUGAAGAGGCUAAUGUCCAUGGGGAUCGCUCCUCUGAGACACUGUCCCAGAUGUUAUUCGUUGACACUCCAUUGCAGUAA